AUGUCGUCAGACGCGCCCUCGGCUUGCGAUGCGGAUGAUGGCCCUCGGCCCUUCUCAGGUCACACAGAGAAAAUCACCGCUAUUGAGUACUCUCCCGACGGCCGGCUCAUUGCAACCGCGUCUAAGGAUGCUACCGUGCGCCUCUGGGAUCCUUCUACGGGCGAGCAACUCCAGAAGCUCGAAACGACUUACCAAGCUGAGGGUCUUGCAUUCCAUCCCUCGAGUAGACAGCUUGCCACAAUAUGUGUGGCCAGCGCCAACAUCGCCACAGUCCUGGUUUGGGAGGUGAGGGAGGACAGAUCAGGAGUCACGCAGAAUACAGCAAUAAAGACGACAUACGAGGCAUCGACACAUGCCCAUUUCAUCAGGUUCUCAAACAAUGGCAAGCUCCUCGCCGUAAUGUCAUCUUCCUUCAUUACGCUUCAAGAUGCAGAGACAGGCCAGCUAGUCAUGGAUGUGACCAGGUUGGGCCCACUUCAUGAGCUCAUACGUCUGCUUGCAUUUGCUUCGAACGACCAGAGUAUCUUGUUUGCUCAUUAUUACCUUCCCAUCUCUGGCACUGGCGAGGAUGCUACGUAUUCAGACACCCCAGUUUUUUAUUCCUUUGACUUGGAGACAAGGCAACAGAAACCCAUCAUUCUCUCAUUCGACCCGCUACACCGCCUAUUGCCUCGGGUCAUCUCCUAUGACGGGGCCAUGAUCGCUGGGAGCGCACCUCAUGGAGCAUAUAUAUGGGAAGCCAACAGCGGCGAGGUCUUGUGCGGUCCACUGAAGGGGCAUGUCUCGGGAACAAACAUUCUCUGCUUCUCGCGUGACGGCGAGCGGCUCAUUCAUGUCUCUAUGGCAAACAAUGUGUUCAUCUGGGACACCUCCACUGGAAGUUUGGUUUUAGGUCCCUUGGAGCAGCCGCCAAACUUAGGAAUAGCGACUGCGUACGAUAUCACUGCAGCCACAUGUUCUCCGCUGAAAGAUCGCGUAGCAUGCGCAGAUGUAUCCGGAAACAUCCAUGUAUGGGAUGUUGAUACUGAACAGGUUGUACUGUCCUCACUCCCAGACAGAAAACAGGUCCAACCGCUGGUCACCCCAGGCCGCUUUGAAGUGGAUAGCGUGCAUUGGUUCCCCGAUGGGCGCCACUUCAUCAGUAGUAGCAAAUGUGAUGACUACAUCAGUACUACAUCCGCACAUGGGACGCCGAAACAGGAGAGCAAGUUCGGGAGCACUUAUUCCCUGGCGGCUCAUGCAUUGCUCUAUCCUCCGAUGGCACAUUGCUGGCAGCUGGCUCCGCGUGCUGCAUCGGAUCCGUCAUAG